GCAGCCAAGCAGCAAACACUACUCUACACGGUUACAGUCCGCUCUUGAGAAUUCAUGAUGAGAACUCUGGCAAUUCUGGCGCUCGGCCUUUGCCUAUGCCUGUGCCUGGCCAGCGUGCGGGCCGGCAAGGUGGGACAGCAGCAGGUGGGACCACAGCGACACCUGGUCUGCUACUAUGACUCGUCGAGUUUUGUGAAGGAAGGUCUGGGCAAACUGGUGAUUGAUGAUCUGGAGCCCGCCUUACAGUUCUGCGAUUAUCUGAUCUACGGCUACGCGGGCAUUGAGCGAGACUCGCAUAAGGCGGUGAGUCUCAACCAGCAGCUGGACUUGGAUCUGGGCAAGGGCCUCUACCGCACCGUGACACGCUUGAAGCGCAAGUAUCCCAACCUGCGGGUCCUGCUUAGCGUGGGCGGCGACAAGGACAUUGAGACCGGCGACGAUGCCAAGGACCUGCCCAACAAGUACUUGGAGCUGCUGGAGAGUCCGACAGGCCGCGCUCGGUUCGUGAACACCGUCUACGCGCUGGUCAAGACCUACGGCUUCGAUGGCGUCGACAUUGCCUGGCAGUUCCCCAAGAACAAGCCCAAGAAGGUGCACAGCGGCCUGGGCAGCGUCUGGAAGAGCUUCAAGAAGGUCUUUAGCAGCGACUUCAUUGUGGAUGAGCGCUCCGAGGAGCACAAGGAACAGUUUACAGCGCUGCUGCGCGACGUGAAGAACGCCUUCCGUCCGGACAAUCUGCUGCUCUCAACGACCGUGUUGCCCAACGUAAACUCCUCGCUGUUCUUUGAUGUGCCCGCUGUUAUCAACUAUUUGGACUUUGUGAACCUCGCCGCCUUCGACUUCUACACCCCGCAGCGCAACCCAGAGCUGGCUGAUUACACGGCGCCCAUCUACGAGCUGAGCGAACGCAAUCCCGAGUUCAACGUGGAUGCUCAGGUCAAGUUCUGGCUGCGUCACAGUUGCCCGGCCAGCAAGAUCAAUGUGGGCGUGGCCACCUAUGGCCGGCCCUGGAAGAUGACUGACGAUUCGGGCGACACCGGCCUGCCGCCCGUCUCCAAGGUGGUCGACGAGGCGCCCGUGGGCCCCCACACGCAGCAGCACGGCAUCUACAGCUGGCCCGAGACCUGCGCCCUGCUGCCCAACCAGAACAACGCCUACUCCAAGGGCGCCAAUGCGCCGCUCACCCGGGUCACAGAUCCCGCCAAGCGUUUCGGCUCGUACGCCUAUCGUGCUGCUGACAAGAAGGGCGACAAUGGCAUCUGGGUGAGCUUCGAAGAUCCCGACACCGCCGCCGACAAGGCCGGCUAUGUGCGCAGCAACAAUUUGGGCGGAGUGGCCCUCUACGACUUGUCCUUGGACGACUUCCGUGGCCUCUGCACCAACGACAAGUACCCCAUACUGAGGGCUGUCAAGUACCGCCUGGCCCACUAGGCUUUGCCGAAUCUUAAGUUUUCUCAUGUAACCAUCAAAUUUAAUUUUGAAAGGACGCAUUAAAGAUGAAAGUCAUGUGAA